CUCCCCGUUUCGUCCCCAGAGAGAGAGAGAUGGAUGUACGAGGAACGCCUGCGGGACAUGGCUUCUACAUGCCGGCGGAGUGGGAACAUCACUCCCAGUGUUGGAUCGGUUGGCCUGAACGGCAAGAUAACUGGAGGGACAAUGCUGUUCAUGCUCAACGUGUGUUUGCCAAUGUCGCAAAGGCCAUCUCAAUGUUUGAGCCCGUUACCGUCUGCGCAAGCUCUUCUCAGUGGGAAAACGCAAGAAAGAUGCUCCCACGAAACAUCAGAAUUGUUGAGAUGAGAAUGGACGAUGCUUGGUUUCGCGAUACAGGACCAACUUUUGUGGUGCGAAAGAGAGCGUCGAAACUCAGUUCUCUUGACCGGAAUGUUGCGGGAAUUGACUGGAACUUCAACGCCUGGGGCGGAGUUGAUGAUGGCUGCUACAAUGAUUGGAGUCAUGACCUUCUGGUUGUAAGAAAGAUUCUCGGUGUUGAGCGGCUUCCAAGAUUCCCACAGUCGAUGAUUCUUGAAGGGGGAAGUAUCCAUGUGGACGGGGAAGGAACUUGCCUUACAACAGAAGAGUGUCUCUUGAAUAAAAACCGUAACCCGAAUAUGACGAAAGAGCAAAUAGAGGAAGAACUCGAGAAAUAUCUCGGUGUCAAGAAGAUUGUUUGGCUACCUCGAGGACUCUAUGGUGACGAGGAUACAAACGGACACAUCGAUAACAUGUGCUGUUUCGCUCGGCCGGGAGCUGUGUUACUGUCUUGGACUGAUGAUGAAACCGACCCUCAGUACGAAAGAUCCAUGGAAGCUCUCUCCAUUCUCUCGGAUUCCACCGACGCUUGUGGCCGGAAACUACAAGUCAUCAAACUGCACAUUCCCGGGCCGCUUUAUAUGACCGAAGAAGAAGCCUCUGGAAUCGUUCAGGAUGGGGAUGCGAAACCGAGACUUCCAGGGACGAGACUUGCGGCCUCGUACGUGAAUUUCUAUAUCGCCAAUGGAGGGAUCAUCCUGCCUCAGUUCGGUGACAAAAGACGGGAUGCGGAAGCCAUUCUCGUCCUCUCUCAAACCUUUCCCCAUCACACGGUGGUGGGAAUCGAGGGUGCGAGGGAGAUUGUCCUCGGCGGAGGGAAUAUACAUUGCAUAACGCAGCAGCAGCCGUCUGAACCCACCUGCGUCCCCGCCGGCGAAGAAUACUGAGCGCGUCUUCUCCACGCGCCACCGCAUGCUCAAGAGAGAGCCAGUAACAGAAACAGCUGUUUGCUGUUUUUUGUCGGUGGAGAGGAGAGAGAGGAGGUUUUCGUUCCGCGAACCUGGGAAGUGGUGGGGGAUCUCAAUCAUUUAUUAAUAUUUUGAGAAUUGUUUAAUCUUAGCCGUUUAUUAUGUUUCGAACCCUUAGAUCAGGGCCGUUCGAUUUGUCCCAAACAUCACUGGAUUUGUGUUUGUACUUUAGCCCAUUGGUUUUGCAUCCAAGUGCAAAAUUAUGGUCACGCACAUACUAAUAAAUCAGUAUAUGAUU